AUGGCGUUUGCCCAAUAUAAAGUCAGCCAAACAGCAAUGAACAGUGAAAGCCACAAAACUGUGACACGUUUUGAAGAAAUUGGUGGUCUUUCUGAGACUUUUGCUAAAGGGGAUGAUGUUGGUACUAAGACACAAAGCAACUCUGGAAUCCCAGUCAGUGGGACUGUUUUUACUGGACUUGAAGAGAAUUUUGACGAUGAACAUGGCAGAAUGAUCACUUCUGAGGAUGCGAGUACUUCAGCCUGCCCAGAUCUCGCUCAGAAUGAAAAUACCACCGCUGAUGAAACAGGCACAAACAAUGAACAGAUCAGCCAUGGAGCCCAUCAAGACUCUCUUCAAAUUGAAAUGACUUUAGAGGAGAAGCUUAACGGUAAAUCUGGAGAUGACGCAGACUUUGAAAAAACACUGAACAAUCAAGCAAAUUGUAAUCUUGAUCCGACUGUGUUCUUUUGCAAGUUCUCCAACUCAUUCAAUAACUGUUGGAUGAAUGCCACAAUGCACAGCAUUUUGAAUCUGAGUAUUACCCGAAAGUACCUGACUCAGAAUCCUGAAAAGGUCUUUGGAGCUUUAUCAGGAACUCCAUUAUGUGCCACCUUUCUCUGCACAGCCUUGAAUAACCCGGGGAAAUAUUUCUGCCCAGAUGAAAUCUACCAAGUUCUGAUAGAAUUAAGCAGAACUAUACCGUCUUUGGCCUUGGGACAACCAAAUGACAUAACAGAGUUUUUGGAGGCUAUUUUAAUCUGGCUACAUCCAUGUGGUAUUAACUCACUUUGCAAAGUGAAGAAUGUCAUCACCUGUGAAGACUGUGCGGUGGUUACACCGAUCAUAUCAGAGCUUGGUCCUGUAAUUUACCUGUCAGACGCACAACCAAAUGAAACCACAGAGUCUCUUCUAGAACGUUUUGUUUUUGUAGAGUGGUCUCAGAGGCAAUGUUGCAACACCUUCAGUUUCUAUAAAAAAUUCGUAGACAGCUCCCCUGACGUGGUAACCUUGUACCUGCAUCGGUACACCAAUGAGGAAGACAAUAGACUACCUGUGAUUCCUAGCGCAACCCUUCACAUUCCUUUGGAAAGUGGAAUUCAGCUGUACCGUUUGUCUUCAGUUAUUUGCUGCAAAAUCCUAAAUGCAACAACCAACCAUUUCUACGCAUAUGUUGUGGGUAGAAAACGAGUAUUUAAAGCUGAUGGCGCAAAGAUAAGAAUUGCAGAACAAAAGGCAGAUCAGAGUUGUGGAGGUUUGACUAUCCAUUGGAUAGUCAAACCUUGGAUUCAGGAAGAACAGUCUGGUUGUGGAGUUCUGGCCCCGCUCUACACCCUCAGCAGGGUCCUGGAGGACUUCGCUCAGUCACUCCACAUGUGCUUUAUUGACUUGGAGAAGGAGUUCGACCAUGUCCCUCUGGGAAUGCUGGGCGUAGGGCUUCUCCAGGAGUAUGGGGUACCGGGCCCUUUGAGACAGGCUGCUAAGUCCCUGUAUGACCAGUACCAGAGCUUGGUCCGCAUUACUGCCAGUCGUGAUCUACAACUUUCUCUGGAGCAGUUUGCAGCUGAGUGUGAAGCGGCCAGGAUGGGGAUCAGUGCCAAAUUUGAGGCCAUGGUCUCGAGCCUAUAA